AUGCGGGGCUCCGCGGAGGGGGCCGGGCCGGAGCCGCCCCAGCCCGCCGCCCGCCGCCGCGGUGGCCGGUGGCGGUGCCGCUGCCGCUGCCGCUGCUGCUGCCGCCGGGUCCCGCGCUGGCUCCGCGGCUUGGUGGCGCUGGGCGCGCUGGGCGCCGCCGGGGUGGGGGUCGUGUCCGUGGCGCGGCCGUCGGUGCGGCCGGCGCUGCUGUGGCUGGAGGGCCUGGGCCGCCCGCUGGGCCCGCUGCUCUUCGUGCUGGGCUUCGUGGCCGUGUCGUUCCCGUGCGGCUGGGGCUACCUGGCGCUGAGCGUGUCGGCCGGCUACCUGUACGGCUUCGCGGCGGGCGCGGGGCUGCUGGUGGCGGGCGGGCUGCUGGGCACGGCGGCCGCCCACCUGGCCUGCCGCCGGCUGCUGGGGGCGCCGGCCGCCCGCGCCCUGGCCCGCAGCCGCCGGCUGGCCGCCCUGGUCCGCGUCGUCAGCGGCAGCGGGGGCCUGCGCCUCGUCGCCCUGGCCCGCCUCACCCCCAUCCCCUUCGGCCUGCAGAACGCCCUCUUCUCGAUUACAAAUCUAUCGUUACCCAAUUAUCUGAUGGCUUCUUCAGUUGGGCUACUUCCCACCCAGCUUCUAAAUUCGUACUUGGGAACGACUUUGCGGACAAUGGAAGAUGUCAUUGCAGAGCAGAAUGUUAGCGGAUAUUUUGUUUUUAGUUUACAGAUUCUUAUAAGUAUAGGCCUCAUGUUUUAUGUACUUCACCGAGCUCAAGUGGAAUUGAACGCAGCCAUUGUAGCUUGUGAAAUGGAACUGAAAACCUCUCUUCUUAAAGGCAGCCAAGCAGACGGCAGUGGUUCUGCAUUCUGCAACAAGAGGACUUUAGCGUUUUCCGGACCGGGAAUCAAUAUUGUAUGA